AUGUGCGUGACGGUCGGUCGUUACUGUGCGGUCAGUCCCACCGGGCGGUCUGGUCGGUCUCAGAAAACGAGAGGUAGUUGCCUAUCGACCCAGAGCAUCGUCUCCUGGACCCGUCUCUCCCAGGAAACAGAUGCAAAGGCAGUUCCUGGAGAUCGAUGGCCUGGCGGACAAGGACAGUAUCCUCAGCAUCCUCAUGAUCCUAAUGACUAUACUUUUCUCGGACUUUCUCUUCCAAAUUCUUUGGUUGAAAAUCAAGCAACCCUAGCAGCACCAGUCUACCCACCAAGACCACUUGGUCGCCAACAAUCCAUGCCGAAUCCUGGUUAUGCUGGGGCAGCUUCUGGAAAUCAAUGGCUAGGCGGACUAGGACAGUAUCAUCAACAUCCUCAUGAUCCUAAUGACUAUAAUUUUCUAGGACUUUCUCUUCCAACGUCUUCAGUUCAAAAUCAUUUAGCCCUAGCAGGGCCUGUCCAUCCACCAAGAACACUUGCUCACCAACAAUCCAUGCCGAAUGCUGCUUAUGCCGCGGGAGCUCCUGAAUAUCAAUGGCAACACAAUCAAGGACAAGAUCGUCUUGCUCUUUCACUUCAUCCUCCUGCUUUUGCAACUACUCCAAGCGCUUCAGCCUCUUCAUCUUCUUUAGCUGAAGCAGUUCCUUCGAUUCAAAAUUUACCCUCUGGUGUAAAUUUUCCGCCAAAUACAGAAGUUGUCAUUGGAUUGUCAAAUGGUCAUGGUGCUCGUGGAUUAAUCAAACCUAGUUACUUGCCGAUAGAUGAACAUCCUCAAUGGAUUUACAAGAAAAAAGCGGAUUAUGAGUACGCGGUUUAUAUACUACUUCCUGAGAAGGCUGCUUGGAUGGGAAAACCCAAAUAUGUUAGAUACACUACUGAUGACUCUUUCAAUAUCCAUGCUCAAGUUGAUCAGGAACACUCUGUGCCUGUGCCAGAAGAAGUAUAUUUGAAAAUAGCCAAUCUGCCUGAAUCUAGUACAAGAUUAAGAUCUUUCUCUGUACUUCAAUAUGACCAAUUAUUUAAACCAAAUACAAGCAACAGAUACCACAUUUAUGUAAAAAAUAUAGACGGCAAAGUAUACACCGGAAUGCUAAAGAAUUCACAUACUUUAAAGAACAUUGCUCUUUCAGCGACAAAAAUUUCGAAAAAUUAAUUUAGUAAUUGUGAAUUUUCUUUUGUUAAAGCUCGUUCGGCUUUAACGGACAAAUACGCAUCACAAGAACUUUUCUCUACAUGUCUUUUAAACUUAAUUAUGUUAAAUGUAUAUUACACUAGUUUCUGUAUCUAACUCGGUGAUAGCCUGACAAAUGUAUCAUUUCAAUAGAUAUGUAUUAUUACACUUUCUAAUAUGCAUGGAUAUGGAGACGAAUGUAUUCUUAUUGUCUUGUUUUUAUAAUUA